AUGACUUUUCAUCGUGCAUUUCCGCCGAGGCGUUUACCCUCGCGACGUGCCACGAGCCAUGCGGCGACACCACCGGAGGUCCCAACUUAUCGUGCUUACAGUAGUGGCUAUCACUCACCACGCACGCCUCGCUUCCGUGUACCACCACUUUCUCCGCCUCCGUCAGCAUCACCACAGCAACAGCAACAGCAGCAGCAAGAAUUGCGGGAGGCAGAGGAAGGGAGAGAGUGGCGUGGGUGGGGUGGUGUUCAAGAACUGCUCGUCAACAAUGGAUCUUCUCCAUCCCCAAAACUUUCGAUUCAUGCGAGCUUUGCUGAAUCGCAGCAUCUGGUGCCCUCUGCGAAGGAGUUAGAUGAAGAACACACCCCACAUCGUCAUUUCUACCGUGUUGGUGGCGAUGAUGUCUGCUCUGUAAAACUCGUUGCGUUUUCCAUCUACAACUCGAUGACCGUGACGGGGAUUGUGGAGGUGACACCGUGCCAAUGGCGGCUCAAUGCGAAUCCUUCCCUCUACCCUGUGCAGCUGCAGAUACGACAACUGGACACAAACACCUACCCAAUGCGCCGGUUACUCCGAUUAAUUCAGAGAAAGGUCCCAGACGGAGCCGGAGGUGAAAGCGGAAUUGAUGUGUCACCACAACAGCAACCAAUGAGAGGAUCACUGUAUAUAUUCAAGAUGGAUAAUCCCCAUCUGCAGUUUGUUUCCGGUCUGCCAAGCAUUGUCCCUUUGAGUGGAUCAAUUGUGUUGGCGGAUGUGGUGAGAGUGGAUCAAAUUCCAAUUAACGGCGCCGCCGUACAAUUUAGGUGGAUUGAGGAUACCCCUAGAAGAGUCCUCGUAGACAUUGACACGCCUCUAUCCGGGGAUGACGCAGAUGAAACCGCCGUACGGAACUACAAGCCCCCGUCAAGUGAUUCUGUUGCCCGAACCUGCCAAGAGCACGGUGGGGGCGGUCAUCCAAAGCAUGUUCAUAAUGAGGCCGAGAAAAACAACUUUAGAGCAUCAUGGCUCAUCAAUGAAACAGGCGAAGACGUCUUUUUGAAGUUAGAAGAGGGAAAUAACUUGGCUGAACACUCCCCUCACGUAACUACUGACAAUAGUGAGUACACAUUAAACAUACUACCUGCCUCUGUUAUUCACACUGCUGGGGCCGCAUCACCCAUUACGUAUUUACAUACGCCAUACAUCAGGUAG